CGCUCAGCAUGAGAAGACCGAAUUGUAAUUAUGUAUGGCAGUCGUGUGUGCUACUGUUCUGUGGCCAUUUCCUCUAUAGCGUGGACGGGCAGGUCCGUUAUUCCGUGCCAGAGGAGAUGGCGCCUGGCUCAUUCGUCGGGGAUAUCAUUAAAGAUCUGGGUCUUGAUCCUAAAAGGCUGACGACGGGUAAAGCACGAAUCUUUUCAGCCGGUGGCCGGGAAUAUGUCGAGCUGGACCGAGAAAAGGGGCACAUCGUCAUUAAGGAGAGAAUUGACCGGGAGCUUUUGUGCGCUGGUGCUGCAUCUGCAUGCAGCCUGAGCUUUGAAGUCAUCUUAGAAAAUCCUAUCGAGCUCUAUCGCAUCACCGUAGAAAUUCUAGAUGUUAACGACAACAGUCCUGCAUUUACAAGAGGUGAAAUUACAUUAGAGAUCAGCGAGUCUGCUUCAACCGGAGCGCGCUUUAACGUGGACAGCGCAGUUGAUCCUGACGUUGGCAUUAAUAGUAUCCAAAGUUACUCAGUUCACCCGACGAAUCAUUUUACUUUAAAGACACAAAGUCGGUCAGGCAGCGGUAAAAACGUCGAGCUUGUUUUGCAAACGCCUUUAGACAGAGAAAAACAGGAACAUUUGUAUUUAACCAUAACUGCAACAGACGGAGGAAAUCCGAAACGCUCCGGCACGGUAAAAAUCCAUAUUAUUGUUUUAGAUAUAAAUGACAACGCACCUGUGUUGCAAAAGGACACAUACAGAAUAUCUGUACCCGAAAACACUGCAAAGGGAUCGUUACUGGUUAUUGUUAAUGCAACUGAUGCAGAUACAAUCUCAAAUGGACAAACUGGUUAUUAUGUCGAACACACCACUCCCAAAAUUCGAGACUUGUUCUCUGUCGAUCCCUCCAGUGGUGAAAUAAGGCUGAUUGGUGACCUCGAUUUUGAAGAAUCUGCUAUUUAUGAGUUUAAAAUUCAAGCUAAAGAUCAGGGGGGGUUAUCUGACUCCUCUGAUGUGAUAGUCGAGGUUACAGACGUAAAUGAUAAUGCACCAAAAAUGACGCUCAUGUCUUUUUCAAAUGCAAUACCCGAAAAUUCACCGCCUGGUACCGUUGUAGCUAUGAUAAAUAUACAAGAUAGCGACUCUGAAGAAAAUGGAAAGGUUAUCUGUUCCAUCGACAGAAGCCUCCCAUUCAAAAUCGACUCCUCGUUGACUAAUUAUUACAGUAUAGUCACUGACUCCGAGCUGGACAGAGAGGAUACAGGAGAAUAUAACAUCACCGUAACAGCUACAGAUAGUGGCCGUCCGCCUUUGUUUAGUAAAAAGACGCUGAACGUCAAGAUCACCGAUGUAAAUGAUCACGCACCUCAGUUUGAGCAGGAAUUGUAUAAUGCGUAUGUGAUGGAGAAUAAUUCCCCAUCUCUAUCUUUGUUCAGUGUAAAAGCGCACGACGCAGAUUUGGGUGCGAACGCGCGGGUCUCCUACUUUAUUUCUGAUAACGAUUUCAAUGGCACACCAGUUUCAUCCUUAGUUUCUAUAAACUCUGAUAGUGGAGCCGUUUAUGCAACGAAAUCCUUUGAUUACGAGCAAUUAAAAUCGUUUACGAUCAUAGUCAAAGCGCAAGAUGGAGGUUCACCUCCUCUCAGCAGCAACGCGAGUGUGAAAAUAAUCAUUCAGGAUCAGAAUGACAACGCGCCUCAGGUUCUGUAUCCGGUCCAGUCUGGUGGUUCUGUGGUGGCUGAAAUAGUGCCUCGUUCGGCAGAUGUGGGUUAUCUGGUCACUAAAGUGGUCGCUGUUGAUGUGGACUCUGGACAGAAUGCCUGGCUCUCAUAUAAACUGCAGAAAGCCACAGACAGGGCGCUGUUUGAAGUGGGUUUACAGAAUGGAGAAAUAAGAACUGUGCGCCAGGUGACAGAUAAAGAUGCUGUGAAACAAAGACUCGCUGUUGUAGUGGAGGACAACGGACAGCCCUCUCGUUCAGCUACAGUCAAUGUUAACGUGGCGCUGGCGGACAGCUUCCCUGAAGUGCUCUCGGAGUUCACUGACUUUACGCACGACAAGGAAUACAACGACAACCUGACGUUUUAUCUAGUCUUGGCUCUGGCUGUAGUUUCGUUUCUCUUUAUCGUGUCUAUCAUCGCCAUACUAUCUGUCAAAAUCUACAGAUGGAGGCAAUCUCGUUUGUAUUGUAAAUCCAAUCUUCCGGUUAUUCCUUACUAUCCGCCGCGUUACGCAGACUCAGUAGGCACUGGAACUCUGCAGCACGUGCAUAAUUACGAAAUCUACCGAACCAGUGACUCCAGGAAAAGUGAUAUUAAAUAUUUUGGUCCCGUCAGUCAAAGUCUCAUAAGUGUUGCAGCAAGUGGAACCGAAAGCCUUCCGAAGGAGACGCGAACUUCCGAUUGCACUGAAUCAGCCAGCACACUGGUGAGUUUGUAGUAAUUUAAUAUUUUGCUUUCUGAAAUUAUUUUUAUGCCAAGGUAAAUGAUGAUCAUAUGACCCCACUAGC